GGGAAGUAGUUAUUGGUCAUCUCCAUGCGCCGGUUCCUGGGCGCCGUAGAGUCAAGGCGCGAGGCUCGGACAGGGAGGUAGAGCUGGAAGGGACGCUAAGCACCCUCCGCUCUGCACGCGAGCCGCUGCGCCCGCAGGGCUGGCCCCGGCGCCACCAUGCUGCUCCUGCCGAGCGCUGCGGACGGCCAGGGCACCGCCAUCAGCCACGCUCUGACCUCGGAACUGGAGGAUAAGAAAGAAUUAUCAGAGGAAUCAGAAGAUGAAGAAUUGCAGCUAGAAGAGUUUCCCAUGCUGAAAACACUUGAUCCCAAAGACUGGAAGAACCAAGAUCAUUAUGCAGUACUUGGACUUGGCCAUGUGAGAUACAAAGCUACACAGAGACAAAUCAAAGCAGCUCAUAAAGCAAUGGUUUGAAAACAUCACCCGGACAAAUGGAAAGCAGCUGGUGAACCAAUAAAAGAAGGAGAUAAUGACUACUUCACAUGCAUAACUAAAGCUUAUGAAAUGCUAUCUGAUCCAGUGAAAAGACGAGCAUUUAACAUUGUAGAUCCUACUUUCGAUAAUUUGGUUCCUUCUAAAAGUGAAGCAAAGGACAAUUUCUUCGAAGUGUUUUCCCCAGUGUUUGAAAGGAACUCCAGAUGGUCAAAUAAAAAAAAUGUCCCUAAACUUGGUUGUAUGAAUUCAUCAUUUGAAGAUGUAGAUGCAUUUUAUUCUUUCUGGUAUAAUUUUGAUUCGUGGAGAGAAUUUUCUUAUUUAGAUGAAGAAGAAAAAGAAAAAGCAGAAUGUCGUGAUGAGAGGAGAUGGAUUGAGAAGCAGAACAGAGCAACAAGGGCACAACGGAAAAAAGAGGAAAUGAACAGAAUAAGAACAUUAGUUGACAACACAUAUAGCUGUGAUCCAAGGAUAAAAAAAUUUAAAGAAGAAGAAAAGGCCAAGAAAGAAGCAGAAAAGAAAGCAAAAGUGGAAGCAAAACGGAAGGAACAAGAGGCAAAGGAAAAACAAAGACAAGCUGAAUUAGAAGCGGCUCUUAAAGAGAAAGAAGAAGAGGAAGUUAGACAACAAGCAUUACUGACAAAGAAGGAAAAAGAUAUCCAGAAAAAAGCCAUUAAAAAGGAAAGGCAAAAACUUCAAAACUCAUGCAAGAGCUGGAAUCACUUUUCUGACAAUGAGGCAGAAUGGGUUAAAAUGAUGGAAGAAGUGGAAAAACUUUGUGAUUGGCUUGAACUAGCAAGCUUACAGUGCUUGAAUGAAACAUUCACAUCAUCUACAAAAGAAGUAGGAAAGGCUGCUCUGGAAAAACAGAUAGAAGAAAUAAAUGAGCAGAUGAGAAAGGAGAAAGAGGAAGCCGAGGCUCGUACACGACAAGCAUCUAAGAAUGCAGAGAAGUCAAGUGGCGGAGGUGGAAAUGGCAAUAAAAAUUGGUCAGAAGAUGAUCUGCAAUUACUGAUUAAAGCUGUGAACCUCUUCCCUGCUGGAACAAAUUCAAGAUGGGAAGUUAUUGCUAAUUACAUGAACAUACAUUCUUCUUCUGGAGUCAAGAGAUCAGCCAAAGAUGUCAUUGGCAAAGCAAAGAGUCUUCAAAAACUUGACCCUCAUCAAAAAGAUGACAUCAACAAGAAGGCAUUUGAUAAAUUUAAGAAAGAACAUGGAGUGGUGCGUCAAGCAGACAAUGCGCCACCUUCAGAACGGUUUGAAGGUCCAUGCACAGAUUUCACCCCUUGGACAACAGAAGAACAGAAGCUUUUGGAACAAGCUUUGAAAACAUACCCAGUAAACACACCUGAAAGAUGGGAAAAGAUAGCAGAAGCAGUGCCUGGUAGGAUAAAGAAGAACUGCAUGAAACGAUACAAGGAACUUGUUGAGAUGGUUAAAGCAAAGAAAGCUGCUCAAGAGCAAGUGCUGAAUGCAAGUAGAGCCAAGAAAUGAUUUAUGACAAUCUUUGUUGUGUGUGAAUUUUUAUAAUAAAACUGAAAAUACUGUAAAAAAAAAA